GUUGCUCUGUGCCCACUUGAAAAAAGAGGUGACAACCACUUGAGUUCGGCUGCCGCCCGCCCUCCCUGGCGCCGCGGGCAGCAGAGGACGCCGCGCGGCACUUUCAUUGAACCCGUAGCUCGGCCCAGAGCGCUUGGGGCAGCUCCUGUGGCAAAGGCAUCUCGCCUAAAAAGCACAGCACCAGAAACAUGGACCUCGAUGCGAUCAUCGACUACCUCCAGGGCCACGCGACGGCGCGCCACGUCCAUUUGGAUCAAUUGGACGAGGCGGCGCCGGCGGCUCGCUUGAGACCAUUGGCGAGACCGGACGUCCGUCAAUUGACGAAAAAGACGCGGCAGCUUCACCUGAGUGAGCGGAGGCGAAUCGGAGCGGCCGAGUCCGCGUUGCUGCUCGAACCAUUGCUGGUCGAGAUAUUUGCCUUCAUCGGUGCUGAUGACAUGUCGAGGACGGCGGCAGGCGCGGGCGGCGCCUGGGCGUCGUCUCUACGCGAGGCCCAUCGCCAGGGUCGGAGAUGCAUGGCCGUCUGUCGAGCGUGGCGUAGUGCCGCGACGCAGGCUUCGGCAUUUUUCGGGCGGCUGCUCGUGCCUUUGCAUUUGUGUGCACCUGAUAGUAUUUGUAGAGAACACGGCCCGCGCACCAAAUGGGCGACUCUAGAUGGUGCCGUAUCAAUAAAAAACAAGGUGGAGACGCCGACGAUCGACGCCGCGGCUCUCUGGCGGUCCCUCCGCUCGUUGCCGUUCCUCGAACGGCUAGAGCUCACGCGAGUGACGUUCACGCCAACAAGUCAUUCGCCUUUAUCAAUAUUAGAUUUCACGCGCGUCAAGGAGCUGUGUUUGUAUAAAGUCGCCGGCUUGGGCGCCGACGUCCUGUCCGAACUUAUUGCCUGCUGCCCCUGUUUGGAAGCCCUGGAAACGCACCACGCGAACCCGUGGCUUGAUUUAUAUCGGCGAGAAACGGCGCUACGGGACCCGAAGAAAGCUCUUGCAGGAUUGUCGACGUGGCAGGACACCGACGACUCCGUGGCGGCCUGGUUGUUAGGCGCGGCCCAGACCGCGCCGCGGUGCUUAUCUACAUUACGUCUCGGCGACGGCGUCGACGACGCGGCUCUAAAAGCGGUGCCGCAAUUCGCAAACCUGAGAUGCCUCAACGUCAUGCGGACCUACGCGGUCUCGGAUCUGUUGCGUCUCCUGCCGCGCGUUCUCCAGGCACCACUCAUCGCGCUGUCGCUCCACGUCGACGGUCCUUCCCAAAACGCGGACGCCGUGGCACGCGUCCUGGCCUCGACGCCGGCCGCGGCAUCUUUGAAAGUAUUAGCGUUGUCGGACCACGCGCAGACGGAGCGCAGCACCUUCACCGAUAGAGGUCUGGAAGCGUGCGGCGCUUUCCCGCAGCUGGGCCGGUUGCUGGUCGACGACGCCGGCGCGCUGACGGUGCGCGGCGUGGCCCAGUUUUUGAGGGAGGCGCCGGCCUUGCGCCAGCUCGGCCUGCGGAACUGCUUCGGCGAGAACUUCCGCGGGGCGCCGGAGCUUCGGGCCGCGGCGGAAAACGCGGGCGUGGCGCUGCUCUGGGAGCCGCGGGCCGCGCGGCCCAAGGAGCGGGCCUACUCCGAGGAGGAUAUAGUCGCGGGGGUGUAAGGUCUUCUAUCUGA